AUGGAGCAGUGGAGUAAGCUACUGCAGGAGGAUAGCUUUGAUUAUCUCAAAAAGCUUAACUGUCACGACCUCUUCUCCAUCACACAAUUUGUUCCAAUUUUCUGGAGAAGUGUCUCAACCCCGCAGCUUGGAAUUCGCCGAGAGACCAGUCUAACUGAUCUUAAAGUAAGAGGGAGGGGUCUUAUUCUUGAGAAUGGAGCCAAAGUCUGA